GGGACUUAUAAGAGACCUACUAUAGAGCUGUAGGAGCAUGAGCUGACAGAGGACAGUAACUUGUUGUCAGUAAGAAAGAGGUGAAGUCGAGAGAACGUACCAUGGACAGGAGAAAAGAAAGAACUGCUUGGCUCUAGGGUUGAAGUGCCAAACGUCUGAAACUGCGUAUUACUCAAACAGCUGAGUGACCUGAGAUGAUUUAGAUGAACCGUCAAGUGGAGAUUCAAGACAGCAGUUAAAGGCACCUCUGAGAAUGGCAAGAAUUUAAGUCAGAUAGAAAGAAAAUGUUUUUGGAAAAGUCCUCAUUGUCCCAAUUCAGACCAUACACAUCCACCAAUGUCAGACCGUUGCCACAGAUUUUCCCUGUGAUGGUAACAAAGCACCCACUGGGGUCUGAUUUGACCUUGGACACAGAGGAUGGGACUGAUGAACGAGAACUGCAUCCCCUCAGGCCUUGCUUGUGAAAUGAGGAGUGUUAGAACUGGCCUUCCCACUGUGAAGUUUAAGGUGGACUGAGCGUAAUCAUUUUGUUGUGGGUUAUUGGUGAAUUCAGCCCUUUAAUAUUACAGCUAACAUCUUAAAGCACCACUUGGUGUUGUUGAGGUGUUAAAAAGUUCGACCUGUUUUUCAGAGAUACCUUCAUGUCAAAUGUCAUUUCACUGUGUUUGCUCUCUUCGCUAAAUAAUUGUUACAGUGCGGUGAAGUAUUUUCUGUAGUGUCGCUUGUCAGCAUUGUUCUCCCCGCACCGUCUUUGCGGUGAAGUAUUACUCCAACAGUGCGACAGGUGCCUGGUGAAAAAUGACAGACUCAAAUUUAAAUGGACAAAUUACACUCGGGUUCAUGCAGGAUUUAUGAGGAACCUGCUCACGGUUCAUCUUUGCACUGAUGAACAACGCAGUCAAAGAAAACGUUGACAGCAUCCACUUACCAUAUUUCGAGAUACAGUGAAGAGCUUUGCUUUAACAGCUUUCCAGAGAUCCCAUACAUCCAGAGAGGUGAAAAGGUGUCUGAUCCUGCAGUCCCCUCCAUCACUCAGUGUUAACAUUUGGAACCAUGUGGAACCCAGCGAACAGUAACGACCAGACGGGACAGGUGGCUGCCAGGAUGGAGACUAUGCCGUCUUUGGGUAGCGCGAGCAUUUCUAUCUCCCAGCAGCAGGCACCCAAGAAGUUUGCCCCCAUGGUUGCACCCAAGCCCAAGUUCAACCCGUACAAACAGACGGGAGAUGCCGCCCACGCUGACCCUGCAGCAGACUACCCUCCCCCUCCACCACCUGCCGAAGACUCAACUGGUUUCCCAUCAUCCCCUGGUUCCUUCCCUCCACCGCCGGUGAACUCUUACGAUUAUCAGGUGAAAGGACCAGAGAAGACGCUGGAGGAGAGACGCUCCAGUCUGGAUGCUGAGAUCGACUCCCUCACCAGCAUCCUGGCGGACCUGGAGAGCAGCUCGCCCUACAAGCCACGCAGCACACAGAACUCUGGAUCUUCAGCAGCCUCCACUCCCAAUGCUCCCGUAACUGGUUACAAGCGUAUGGUCAUUCCAACUCAGCCACCUCUGACUGCCACUAAGAAGUCUACACCCAAAGCUCAGACUCCUGGGGGAGUCUCAUCCAUUCCCCCUUCUUCUGUCAGCCCGGCGGCCAAGGCUCAAAGUCACGCGGCUCCUCAGCCUGUCCCAGCAUCCUAUGCCACAGCCUCAACUCCAAGCCAACCCACCUUCAAUGCCCAGGCGAGGUCGGCCCAGCCUGGGCCCCAGCAUCAAGCCCCAGGAGGGCACCAUUUUGGCCAGCAGCCCAUUCGGAGCCCUGCGCAGGUGCAGUACAUGCCUGCCCAGCCCAAAGGUCCUGACUUUGCUUAUGGACCGCCUCAGCCUGGCUUUUCUCCGAUGGCUCAGGGUGUAUAUCAAGAACAGCACCAUCCAGGCGUACCUCAAGUAGGUGGGAUAAGCUCCAGGAGACCUGACCCUGCACCCACCCAAGCAUACCAGCACCCCGGUCCCAAGAAGACCUACAUCACAGAUGUUCCACCAAGCUUGGCUUCUUACACUUCUGGACCAUCUGUCCCACCAAAGGGCGGUGCUGCCAUGGCCCAUCCUGAGGACGAGCUGGAGCGUCUGACCAAGAAGAUGCUGUUUGACAUGGACAACCCUCCAUCUGAGGAGUAUUUUGGGCGCUGUGCCAGCUGUGGAGAGAAUGUGGUGGGUGAAGGUACCGGCUGCACUGCCAUGGACCAGGUCUUCCAUGUCGACUGCUUCGUCUGCAUGACCUGCAGCACCAAGCUGCGUGGCAAGCCCUUCUAUGCUGUGGAGAAGAAGGCGUACUGCGAGCCUUGCUAUAUUAACACCCUUGAGACCUGCACCAUCUGCAGUAAGCCCAUCAUGGAGCGCAUCCUGCGGGCCACAGGGAAAGCCUACCACCCUCACUGCUUCACCUGUGUGGUGUGCCACCGCAGCCUGGACGGCAUCCCUUUUACCGUGGACGCUUCCAACCACAUCCACUGCAUCGAGGACUUUCACAAGAAGUUUGCUCCACGUUGCUGCGUGUGCUCUGAGCCUAUAAUGCCUGCACCGGGUCAGGAGGAGACCGUCCGUAUUGUGGCGCUGGACCGUGACUUCCACGUGCAGUGUUACCGCUGUGAGGACUGUGGCUCUCUGCUGUCAGAGGGGGAUAACCAGGGCUGCUACCCUCUGGACGGACACAUCCUCUGCAAAAACUGUAACACCAGCCGCAUCCAGGCCCUCACCGCUAAGGCCACCACUGACCUCUGAGCAACCCGCCGCCCGGUCACCUCCACUGUGAUAACCCAGCACUCGCUCUCUCUCUCUCUCUCUCUCUCUCUCUCUCUCUCUCUCUCUCUCUCUCUCUCUCUCUCUGUCCCUCUGUCCCUCUGUCUCUCUCUCUGUCCCUCUGUCUCUCUCUCUCUCUCUCUCUCUUGCAAACAUACCCAUCCACAGACGCUUGCAUUCCUCAGCAUUACACAUAUGUAUCCCUCUAUAUAUAUAUAUAUAUUCACCUUCAGUAACAAAACAUAGCAUCACAUGUUCACAUGUAUACAUUAUGUAUUGACUCGGUACAAUCACAGCAGAAGAGGCUGAGUGUUUAUUUAACUGUGUCGUCGUUAAAUAGCUCAACAUUUGGGGAAAUAUGUUCUCAGGUUUUCUUGCUGAGAGUUAGAUGAGAAUAUCGAAGCCAUUUUCAUAUCUUACGCAAAACAGGAUUUUUUUUUCUCUGUCCAAACUUUAAAAAAUCCACCUACCUGUAUUCUUAAAGUUCACUCAUGUUUUAUCUCAUUUGGGGUUUUUCAGAGGGGUCAUGGGCUUUUGGUCAAGAAAUAGUCCACCACAUAACCACAUAACCCCCCGUAAAGCUGCACACACUGGUGUGAUGUGUUUAUUGUUAGAGCUUCGGAGCUGCUCAGUGGUGGAUUUCGUUACUUUUGGACAGAGCCUCUCCAGCUAAUUUCCCUGUUUCCCGUCUUCAUGCAAAGCUGCCACACAGAUAGAAAAGUGGCUUCAACCUUCUCGUCCAAGAAAACAAGUAAGAAUAUUUCCCAAAAUGUUAAACUAUUGGUUAAAAUCACUCCACAUCCAUCAGUUAACAGUUACCAUAUACAUCACCACUCAGUGUUAUUAUCUCACAUCGUAAUAAUCUUCACCCUGUAUCUUUCAGCCGCGGUGCACAUCCAUGCGUUUGUGCAUACAAGCCCGAGUCUUGGUCUGGUUGUUGUGACCUAAAAUGGAGCGUGACUCCUCUGGAACAUGCAGAAUGUUUUGACACAUCUGCCCUGCAGGUGAAGACAUCAUGGAUGGAUGUGUCUAUGACUGUAGCUUUAGCAGUAUUUAGAAAAAACAGUCUGCAGUAAAUUGUUUAGAACAUUCAGUUUGUUCUUUAUUACAUUGCAAAUCCACUGACUGUGCACAAAGAGGGAUAAAAGUACACGCUGAAGCUGAAUAUUACAAAACGAACCGAACGCCAAAGAACUGAAUUCAAACUGCCAUAUUUCCUGUGUGCUUACUGUGCACGCAGCUGUGUUAAACCUUACGGUCAGUGUGAUGAUCGGGACCACAGGAAUCACAGACAGUCACUUUCAGUGUCGAGAACAAAACUUGCAGUCGGCGGCUGUUGAAUGCAAUUCCCCCUUUUUAACACAAUAUUUUCUUUGUACUUUCCUGUAGAAUUGACUUUGAUGUACACAGUAGAUUAUUUUCUGUUGGCCUGAACAGUACAAUCAUGACAUUCCUUUCAUACGAACACGGCCUCACAUUUGAGUUGAGUUCUAAAGUUUGUGAGCAGAUAGAUUUGCUCGUUCACCGUGCCAUGGAUUAGAUCAGGGGUAUGCUGUACGUAGCCUGGCAGGGAUGAUGAAUAUCACAUGGCUAUGCAAUUUUUUUAUAUUAAUUGCAUCGACACUUUAUAAGAAAUUUUAUGAAUAAGGAAAUAUUUUACCUGUACAGAUUCAAGCAUAAGUGUCCUUAUAGUAAUCCUGAAAUCCAAACUAUGCUGUUGGUACUGUGUGACUUUGUGCGUCACUGUGCUGUAUGUCAGUAUUGAUUGUUCCAUUGACACUCGUCUCUAAUAUUUAGUGUUUGUUUAAAGUUGAUGGGUGAAGAAGGGACCUGGAGAGUUUCCCCACAUAUGACUGAUUUUAUUAUUUGUUCCAUUAAGGUGUUGGACCUGUAGUUUAACUUUGAUAAGUAUAUACAAUAUACAACAAUACAAGUACUAACACGUGAUGAUGGUGAGUGAAAUGUACCCUGUGGAGUUGGUGCCCCUCCAGGCCAGAGUAAGACAGUGACAGACACAGAGCAAACACAAAAUGCCUCUUUCAGUUUGGGGAUCUUGCUUCUACGUCGGAGGAGUUGGGGGAUUGUCCAAGCAUCACCGAGCACACGUGUGACGUGAUGUGUAUUUUUUUGCAGCUGGUUUCACACGUUUGCACUGAUCGAUUAACGGUGUCAGAGACAUACGAUGAAGUGCAGUGAUACACCCGCAAAAACGAGUAAAGAGAUAUAAACAUUACACACUUUACAAUAUUCAAACAAUUCUGCAGAUGCAAAGUCUUUUAUAAGAAAGGAUAUGAAUUCCACAUGUUUGUUAGAUUUGUUUACAUGAAAACUCCACAGGGUACAUUUAAAUAACAAACACAAUGUAAUUCACAAGUGCUGGUUGUCAGUGUAUUUGUGGGAUUGGUUUACAGUCAGCCACAUAAUCCCAAGCCUCCAUCACUGGCCGUGUACACGGGGACUGAUGAACAUUCUCCUCCUCCUGUGUUCCUCACACGUUAAGUAGCUGUGCUUGGUUCCAUAUGAAUAUCAGAGAGUGAUUAUUACAAACAAAAAAAAAAUCCAUAUACUGUAUCUGUUGUAAGUAAUAUCUGAUAACAGCAGACUCAUUGGAUCAGUUCGACUGUGGCAAGGUGUUAACCAGGGUAACAUAUUGUAAAUAACUGUGCUAAUAAGCCCAUUGAUAAAUUCACUGUGACAAGCAACUUCACAUUAAUGAACCUUCUGCUCCGACAUGUUGUCAACAUAAACAUAGAGCGACCAUUUACAAUCAAAUGUAUUCAUAUGUUCAUUUAACUCUCUCUAAAAACACAGUAAAGACACAGCGGCUGGCCUCUCUGUGUUCGGUUGGCAGAUACACUGCGUGCACAGACAGAACAGCCUCACAGGCCUCGAGCAGGAAGCAAGCGAGGGCUGGUCCGUGACAAGGUUAGGCAACCUCAACUCCAUGUCCUGAGGAAUUUUUUUCAUCAAUAAUAGAAGUGUAUAUUUAUCCAGACAGUUUAUCAGUCACAUCGAAAAAAAAAAAAAACAAAAGACAAAAAGACUUUCACAGCUUAAGAAAAUCCUAUCGGACGAGUGCACUGCCUGAGAAAGAAAUAGCAAUGUGUCUUAAAGACAUGUUGAAGUGUCUCAACAGUCACAAAACUCAACCGAGUUAGUUUAUUUAUAGCCAUCUCAUUACACAUUUAUUAGCUGUUUAAGUCUGCGUUUCUCUGCAGUAGCUAAAGACAUUUAUUCUGCUUAUUCUGUCUCCUCUACUUUGAAAAAACACGUUCAUACCUGUGACAUUAUGUCCAUAUUUACUUUGGCCAUUUGACACUUGACUCAGUGAGACAUCUGAUCACCACUGGUUGUUAGGCAACAGAGGACAAAGAAAUACGCACUCCAUAUAUUUCGUUAUGUCACUUACGUCAUUAGGUUUCAGCUCAUAACGAUGUUGCUGGGGAUCCGGCGACGUUAGCAUCUCAUGUUGGCAGCCUGUUAAAGGUUGACACGAGGCCUGCUGACCGGCUCGGAUAAUUACACAGCUGUGUUGAACAUGCAGCUACACUUUCAGACCUGAAAAUGCAAAUAAAGACGUCAGCGUGACUUAAGAGGCAGAGAAAACAAAUUUCUCAUCUCCACGGUCAAUAUAUUAAAUACGUAGUAGAGUGAUGCUCAUUUAAGAUUCUACUUCAGGGAUAAAGAACGGUGCUUUCUUUUCUGAGCUCUGUAGCGGGAAAGUCGACCCUUGUGCCUCAUUUUUCUACAAUUGCCUCAAAGUUUACUGAAGCCAAAAUGGGAUUUAUUAUUGAGAUCCACUGGUUCUCUGUCUCUCACUCUACAGGAAAACACGUCGCUGCAGUGCUGGAGCAUGAUGAGGCAGCAGCGUUUGCUGCGCUCUCAGGCGUCACCAUUGCAUUGUUGAAUCAUUCGAGAGCUGUGUUUAUCUUAAUUAGUGGCAGCGUGAGCUACAGAUGUAGUUCACAGCAUUGCAGGAAGUGCUUUCCACAGCUGCCUGUCAGAGUUAGCUGCUUUGAAACCCUGUGUGAUAACAGUGAAACGCACAGUGUGUGACAUGUAACAGCCAUGUUUUAGAAAUGUUGUUCACAGCACAUGGUCGAACCUUACGUGUGUUAUAACAAAGAUUUUUACCAACACACAGGAUGAGAGCUCGUUUAAAGCUGCACUGAUCAAUACUGAGUGGAUUAAACAAUGAGUGUGAUCUGAAAGGUGUUGCAGAUUUUGUGACUGCACUCAGCUCUACAUCCUUCACAUCUUUCAGUUUUGGUUUUAUGUUGCAUAACUUUAUUUUAUUAUUUACUUAUUAACACGUUUUUUACAAAGCGUACCCUGGUGUGGUCCAUGAGCACGGAGUUUAUCUCUGCUGUCAGUUGUCAAAGUGCUGUUGAGGCUGUGUUAAACUCUCCUGUUUGUGGUAUUCGUAUGGACAGACACAUCACACAUCUGUGUGGGAGAAUAUCUGACAUGAAUCUUUGCAAAAAAAAAAGUUUGAUGCUACAAGUAUAAAGAAAAGACCAUUUAAUGAUUUCUUUUAUUUGUCCAGUGUAUUUGUGUUGUCUACUGUCUUUGUUCUACCCAUGUUUGUAAAAGUGCCUUUGGCUGAGCAGUAUUGAAUCACUAAACUGUUGCUGUGUGUUUCAUAUUUCGCUGUGCCUCGUGCAAAGAUUUUGCUUUGUUUACUCGUCUUUGCCAAAGUAAAUAAACAGGAUCCCUUUUGUUUGGGCCAGCUCUAAAUCCAUACAGUAGGUGUUUCCAUCAGGUGUGGUGCUUAAGGCUGCAGCAGCAGCAGAGUCUUGAAUGGUGCGAAGUGUGAAGCUCACCUUAGAGAGCUCGACCCUCUGUUGUUAGAGUUAAGCAUCUCAUCUGUUCUUGAUCAUCGGAAGGGGCAUGUAGUCAACUGUUGUUUUUUCUUCUUCAAUAAAAGCUUUGCAAUCUC